CGAACAUUUUUAUCAUCUUGUCCAAAAAUCAGCUGGCGUUCGAUGAUAAUCGGCGAUUAAUAGUGCGUGGACUAGAAUUAAAAACGCUCGAAAUGACAUAAUUGUAUGCGGUUUCUUCGAAACGCCGAGCACACUGCGGCUCGGCAUCGAGUUUACAUAACCUGGUUGCGAAAUUUACUCUGUGAUAUAUCCGUGCCUAACAACUUCAAAUACUAAUCGGAAUAUUGGAAUUUAUAACGUGAUAUAUUCAAUUGUAACAAAAUAAUGACGAGCACAUUUUUCCGAAAACAUGGUGAAUUUUGCGCUACCCACCCCUGGGAGGUAAUAGUUGCAAUAUUUACAUUAACAGCAUGUAUGUUGACAAUGGAUAAAGGUCAGUGGCCAAAGCCGGUACGAACAUGUCCGGGAUGUCCAAAUGAUGGUGAAUAUAAUCCAGCUGAUGUGAUCUUGAUGACGGCCAUACGUUGCUUAGCAGUACUUUAUGCUUAUUAUCAGCUGCGGCAUCUAAAUACACUCGGAUCCAAGUGCAUCUUAGGCAUAGCUGGAGUUUUUACCGUAUUUUCCAGCUUCGUUUUUAUCUCGACCGUUAUCAAUUUUCUUCGAAAUGAUGUUAAUGAUUUAAAGGAUGCUUUAUUUUUCUUUUUACUACUUAUCGAUUUAUCCAAAGCCGCUUUAUUGGCGGAAUUUGCUUUAUCGGCUGCCAAUCAAGAGGAAGUUAAAAAUAAUAUAGCUACGGGGAUGUCUGUAUUAGGACCUACAAUUACGUUAGAUACAAUUGUGGUGACGCUUGUUAUUGGAGUUGGCACUUUAUCUGGUGCUCAUCGUUGGGAAGUUCUUUCGUACUUCGCAUGUCUUUCAGUAAUAGUGAACUACAUAGUUUUUAUGACUUUUUACCCAGCGUGUUUAUCAUUAAUCUCAGAGUUAUCAAAUCUUCGUAUAAAUUACCGCUCGAUAAUUUCUUUAGCGUUAAAAGCUGAAGAUCACAAAUCAAAUCCGGUUGUUCAGCGGGUUAAAAUCAUAAUGUCCGUGGGUUUGAUGUGCGUACACGUUCAUAGCCGGUUACCGUUUCGGGAGGAUUUACUCGGUGGCAACAAUCCGAGGGCCGUUGAGCAUUUUGUGUCAAAUAACACGGAAGAUACAGCGUUACAUAGCUAUAUUAUGAAAUGGUUGACUUUAAGUGCUGACCACAUCGUGAUAUUAAUUUUAUUACUCGCUUUGGUGGUUAAGUUCAUCUUUUUUGAAAACGAAGAGGAAUUCCAACAAAUUCGUAGCCAAUUAUCGCAAUCUGGUGAACAAUUUUUGUUGAAUCAAAAAAAGACUGCUCGUGAAGAACGCACAUCCAUUUUAAGAAAUCGAUUUAAAUCAGGGAUGCCAUUUUUUAUCAGCGAUGACUCUACAACAACAGAAGAUAGAGAAGUUCAAACUGAAUUUCCGUACAUCGACUCAAGCGAUGUAGAAGUGAAACCUUCAAAACCGAAGGAUCCGCGUCCGUUAGAUGAAUGUUUAACAAUAUAUAAAUCGGAGUGGGGUGCAUCAACUUUAUCAGAUGAGGAAGUAAUUCGAUUGGUAAAAAAUAAAACGAUAGCACCUUACCAGUUAGAAAAGGCCGUAAAUAACCCAGAACGCGGUGUUGGCAUUCGAAGAAAAAUUUUUGGUGAAAACGGAAAAUUCGACGAAGCUUUAAUUAAUCUCCCCUACAAAGAUUACGAUUAUAGCAAAGUUAUGGGGGCUUGUUGUGAAAAUGUAAUCGGUUAUCUUCCAGUGCCAAUCGGUAUAGUAGGGCCAUUAAAAUUGGAUGGAAAAUUAAUGUAUGUGCCAAUGGCUACUACCGAAGGGUGUUUAGUAGCUAGUACUAAUCGUGGGUGUCGCGCGUUGAUACAAAACGGCGUAACCAGUCGUAUUGUUAAAGAUGGAAUGACGAGAGCUCCAGUUGUUCGAUUCCCUACACUUGCUCAAGCUAGCGAAGCUAUGGCUUGGAUGGAGAACCCUGAUAACUUUACGAAAAUCAAAGAACAUUUUGACUCAAGUAGUCGUUACGCAAGACUCACUCGAUUACAUAUCAACAUCGCGGGCAGACAACUUUUUAUACGAUUUGAAGCGAAAACUGGCGACGCAAUGGGUAUGAAUAUGGUCUCAAAAGGAACAGAACAAAGUUUAAGAUUCGUACAAAAUUCAUAUCCGGAAAUGGAAAUUUUAAGUUUGAGUGGAAAUUUUUGUACUGACAAAAAACCUGCUGCUGUUAAUUGGAUUGAAGGCCGUGGAAAAUCGGUUGUAUGCGAAGCGAUAGUUCCAGCAGCAGUAAUAUCAACGGUAUUAAAAACAUCGGUAAAAACUUUAGUUGAUGUAAACAUAUCAAAAAAUAUGGUGGGUUCUGCUAUGGCUGGGAGUAUAGGAGGGUUUAAUGCCCAUUCUGCGAAUGUUGUAACGGCAAUAUAUAUAGCGACGGGUCAAGAUCCAGCUCAAAAUGUCGGAAGUAGUAAUUGUAUAACUUUGAUGGAGCCUUGCGGAGAAACCGGGGAAGAUUUGUAUAUUUCGUGUACGAUGCCGUCGAUUGAAAUUGGAACGGUUGGUGGAGGAACAAUUUUGGCUCCGCAAGCUGCUUGUUUGGAUAUAUUGAAUGUGAAAGGUGCGAACAUAGCAAAUCCUGGAGAAAAUGCCAAACAAUUGGCGAGGAUUGUUUGCGCAACGGUUUUAGCCGGCGAAUUAUCUUUAAUGUCCGCUUUAGCUGCUGGUCAUUUGGUUAAAAGUCAUUUAAAGCACAAUAGAUCGUCGACAACGAUGAGUGGAGAUGUAGCAACGGGUAAAAGUCUAUUUAUAGCGCCUUGUAAAGAUAAUGUUUAGAAUAGACGUUGUUUAGGUUUCGGAUGAAUGACACACUUAGUUGUUAUUAAUUUUUUUAUGCGAUAUUACCAAAGGAUUUAUUUUUCUCUUAUAGCAGCCUGUACUUAAAUGUGGUAUACCUCAGAACCGUUUUUCUAUGUACAUAAAUAUCUAUGGAAUAUUUUCCUUCGAACGGC